CUCCAACUUCGGUACUGCGUUGGAAUUCACAGUUCACUUUUCCUUUUGACCGCUGAGACUCACCAUGUCGCUCUCACCGCCGUCGUCGCCCGAAGACCGCCGCUUCGUCUGCCUGAUCGACGGCUGCAACAAGCGCUUCAAGCGCAAGUUUACGCUCCAGGAGCACGAGAAGACGCACAGCGGUGUUCGCCCGUACGUCUGCGCUAUUGACGGCUGCGGCCGCCACUUUAGCACCUCCGGAAACCUCACGCGCCACACGUUGACGCACAACGCCGAGAAGCCGUUCGGCUGCGGCUGGGAAGAGUGCGCCAAGCGAUUUUGCACGCGCGAGAAGCUCGUGCGCCACCUCAAGACGCACGUCGGACUCCGGCCGUUCGAGUGCAGCGUCUGCAACAAGGCGUUCACGACGUCCGGCACCCUCGCCCGCCACUCGAAAUCGCACCCGGAACUGGGCUCUGGCGACUGCCACCACGAGGCACUGCUGUGGGAGUUGCCCGCGCUCCUCGUGCCGACCAAGAAGCGCCGCGUCGCUGAGGAGCUGGCCGUGCCCCUUGCGGCUAAGCCGCCGCUUCCGCACUCGACGGCCGAGAUUGCCAUGGCGCUCUCCGAGUCUGAGCUGUACGAGUGGCCGAUGCCGACGACCUUUGAGCCCGUAAACGCGAUGCCGGUGCCGGCCAUGGUGUGGCCGCAGUACGCUGCCCACGCACUGAGUUUUUACACCGAGUCGCUCCCGACCCCUUACUACGCGCAAGAUUAUCUCUACGGCAUUUAGCAGGCACAUGAACUAUGGACCACCGAGAUAGAGUUAUUAGCAGCAUCGUUUGAUGCGAUUAAUUAUUAACAUGUAGCAGUAUAGUCGUGCCAACCCCAGA